UUUUUGCAGGAAGAGGUGGGGCGGAUGAGGUGAGGGAUCACGUGUCAUUUCGAGGAAAUGAAACUAAAGAGAAACUAAAGGCAGUCAUUUUACAUACGUCAUUGCAGACAUGGCCUCAGCCAGCAGCCUCCUAUACGAAGAACAGCUCCUGUGUUCUAUCUGUCUGGGUGCAUUCACUGAGCCUGUCACUAUUCCAUGUGGACACAACUACUGCAAGACUUGUAUCACAGGAUACUGGUCCAGCAGUGACCAAAUACAGUGCCCCCUCUGUAAGAAGAGGUUCCACCGUAGACCACGCCUUCAGGUCAACACAGAGUUCAGAGAUAUGGUGGAGCAUUUCAACAACAUGAGGGUGGGAAAUGAAGAUGAGAUCGUUGCAAAGCCAGGAGAGGUGCCCUGUGACAUCUGCCUUGGGUUGAAGCUCAAAGCCCAGAAGACGUGUCUGGUGUGUUUGGCGUCAUACUGCCAGCCUCACCUGGAGCCUCAUCAGAGAGUCGCAACCCUUAAGAAGCACAAGCUGAUUGACCCUGUGUCAAACCUGGAGGACAGGGUGUGUAAGAGGCACGACAAGAUGUUUGAGCUCUUCUGUCACACAGACCAGAUGUGUGUUUGUUUCAUGUGCUUGAAGGACGACCAUGUGAUGCAUGAAACUGUCCCAUUUGAGCAUGUGUUCAGAGAGAGGAAAGCCCAGCCGGAUAUUGAGAUGUCAGAAAUGAAAAUGAUGGAGGACGCCAAAGCCAAGAGUAUUAGGGAGAUCAAGUGCUCUGUUGAACAGAGGAAGAAAGAGUCAGAGAAAGAGAUAGCAGACAUUGAUGAGGUUUUCACUGCUCUGGUGGCGUCUCUGCAGAGGAAACAGGCCGAGCUGACUGAGAUGAUUCGGAGGAAGCAGAAAGCAGCAGAGAAACAGGCUGAAGACCAUGUGACACAACUGGAGCAAGAAGUCAAUGAGCUGAGGAAGAGAAGAUCCAAAAUGGAGCAGCUCUUACAAACAGACGACCACCUCCACCUCCUGCAGAGCUGGCCAUCCCUCUACUCCCCUGAACACAACAAGGACCUGUUCCACCCCCUGUCCCACUCCACCACUCCAUCUACACAAGAUGUGUCUGACAGCAGUCAACAGAGGUAUGUAGGAAUGGUUAGAAAAGCAGUGGCUCGGAUGGAAAAGACAAUCGGUAAUGAGAUGGAGAUGCUUAUUCAUGAGGUCAGGUUGUCUGAUGGCUGUGAGAGCGCUCAACAGCCUGAUGAAGAAAAAACACAGACUUUUAAAGAAAGGUGGUAUCCACCUCAGGACAAGCUGAUGAUGAUCCAGAAGUACGAUGCAGUGGAUGUGACUCUGGACGCCUACACAGCCAGUAACAGGCUCUGGGUGUCUGAGAAUGGGAAGCAACUGAGCUUCCGUCAAGGCCAAUUGUUUUCUAGUACACUUUGGUACAUGAGACAAUUUGACCAUCAGCCUUAUGUCCUUGGUAAAGAUGGCUUUUCCUCAGGCAGAUUCUACUAUGAGGUUCGAGUCAGUGGGAGUACAGGCUGGGUCUUGGGAGUGGUCAAAGAGUCCAUUAACUUGCAAACAUUUUUCUAUCCCACUCCUGAAGAGGGAGGCUGGGCAUUUGGUGGACUCUACAAUGAAUCCCCAGAGAUAUAUUUGGCUGAUAUAGCUAACUAUGUUACCCUGUACCUGAGGCAGAGGCCCCAGACAGUUGGUGUGUUUGUCGAUUAUGAGAAGGGAGAGGUCUCCUUCUACGACGUGGACACCAGGACUCUGAUCUACUCUUACACAGGAUGUGCCUUCACUGAGACCCCAUCAUUGCUAAAGGUUUUUCUCCAUUAUCUACUUGGCAUUCCUGUAAGAAACCACAGACUAAAGCUGUACCCUUUUUUUGGUAUUUUAGGAAACAACACAAAUGAUGUACUUGUAAUAACUCCUGUGGGUUGUGCAACUUAAAGUACCACACACAUCAGAAGGGUUUUUUCUUAUUUCAGGAAUGGGGCAUAUGUAUUGUUAGAUAUUCUAUAUAUUGCUUUUGUUUUAACUAAAGAAAGUGAUGUUAAUUUUCAGUCGGUGAAAAGAUAGGUUUAUAUACGUACAUAUUGCAACACCUAUAUUUGACCACAGGGUGGCACCACUGUUUAACCAAUAUUCUGGUUUGUUGCUGAAAGAAGCAAGGAGGAAACAACAAGGAGUGGACAGAGGCAUCAUGGAAACUCCACUUAAUAGCUACUUUCAAAAUAUUCUUUUGAGGCACAGUUUAAUAACAUCAGUCUCAUUAGAGUCCACUUUUUAUGCUUGAAUUUCAGUAAUCCUGUUAGUUAGCUGUUGUUUUUUUAGAAUUUUACCACAAAAUACGGUAAUGUUUUCCUUUUUUGAAUACUAAAACAUCCACCUGUCAUGCUUGGCCACAACAUAUCUGAUAAAUGAUCUUCAAAACCAGCCCUGUAUUGCAACUGAUAUGUAUUGUUCUGCUUAAUAAAACUGUAUUUCUUAAAAA